AGGUCUGUCUUGUUGUCACAUGUGGUAGAGACGUGAACAUAAUGCUCUUCUCUUGAUGACAUCGGAGAACAGGACGCUGCUUUAUCUGCCUUCAAAGAAUUCUACUGUGGUUUGAGAUUGUCAUCACGUACGAUCGGUUAUGGCGGACAAAGAAAGAACGGUGUCUUCGGAAUGGUUGGAACUUGACGAUGCUGAAGGAACUUUGAAGGAGCUUGAGGUUCUGAAAACCAAGAACGUAUCUCUCAUUCCUCCGCUCCUGAACGCAUACCUGCAUCAUAUUGCCGUGACUGGUGAUACAGAGUAUUCAUGGGAGCUGCUACGUCAUUUGCUGAAAGUUAAAAUUGAAUCCGUCGUCGAAGAAUUUCUUCAAAUUUCUCCAAUAGAUGAAAUACCUCGCUGUCCAAAUGUUGAGCGGUUUAACUUCGCCGCAUUGAAAAGCUUCCUGCUUGAAAGAUUAGCAUCUUACACGAGGUGA